AUGUCCGGGAACGCAUUUCUGGUGCUCGCGCUGAUCGUGGCGCUGCUGGUUUUGGGCUCCUCCCCCGACCCUGCGGCGGCCGCAGAGACCCAGGUCCUGCACCGGCUCCUGGCCAAACGGGAAAAGGCCCGAGACCCGGCGGGGCCGGAGACCCGGGCGGAGAGGCGGGCGCAUCUGUCCGAGGAUGAGCGGGAGAUGAUGACCAAGCAGAUCGUGCAGGCCAUCUCAGAGGUGAUGAACUCUGGGUGCGUGUCUGACCGGGACUACCAGGGCUGGGUGGACUUCGGACGGCGGGACGUGGACUGA